GGUGCUGGAAGCGUCGACGUCGGCUCCUGGGCCGGGCGCAGCCUCACUCCUUAUUGGCUGGUUCUCGGGGACCGCCCCCUCCCCCUCUUGCCACCCCUGGGUUCCCUCCCGGGUCCGCAGUAGAAAUACUGCCCUCUCGCUUCUUGACCCCUGGGCCUUUCUCCCUCCCUCUGCCCUCCCUCCCGCUGCCGUCGUUGCUUCAGGAGCCCCUGCUCCCUCAAGGAGCUCCCGCUUCGGUGAUGGGUUCUCGGGCUUCCACGUUACUGCGGGACGAAGAGCUCGAGGAGAUCAAGAAGGAGACUGGCUUUUCCCACAGUCAGAUCACCCGCCUCUACAGCCGGUUCACCAGCCUGGACAAAGGAGAGAACGGGACUCUCAGCCGGGAAGAUUUCCAGCGAAUUCCGGAACUUGCCAUCAACCCAUUGGGGGACCGGAUCAUUAAUGCCUUCUUUCCAGAGGGAGAGGACCAGGUAAACUUCCGUGGAUUCAUGAGAACUUUGGCUCAUUUUCGACCCAUUGAGGAUAAUGAAAAAAGCAAAGAUGUGAAUGGACCAGAGCCACUCAAUAGCCGAAGCAACAAACUGCACUUUGCUUUUCGACUCUAUGACUUGGAUAAAGAUGACAAGAUUUCCCGUGAUGAACUGUUACAGGUGCUACGUAUGAUGGUCGGAGUAAAUAUCUCAGAUGAGCAGCUGGGCAGCAUUGCAGACAGGACCAUCCAGGAGGCUGAUCAGGAUGGAGACAGCGCCAUAUCUUUCACAGAAUUUGUUAAGGUUUUGGAGAAAGUAGACGUAGAACAGAAAAUGAGCAUCCGAUUUCUUCACUGAAGGACUGAGACCAAACUGUUCCCUGCUUUCUAGUAUUUAAGAACUGGAACUUGAGGGUCCUCCUAUCCACUAGCCCCAUCUCCACCCCAUCAUUCCCCUUCUUCCAAAGUACUACUGCUGUUGCAUGACAACCCCAAAUAUGUUCUGUCAACACAAACCUGCCUUUGGUGUAUAAACAGGGCAUUAAAGAAUGGUACACCAGUCUAUUUCUGUUCAGUAUCAGUCACCAGUUAUCUCCAUUUCUAAGUAUCUCCCCUGGUUCGCUGCUGAAGGCCACAUGUCCAUCCAGUCUGAGAAAGUGAGAGAAGGAAUCCAUGCCAAGAACCAACCAGCAAAGCUCUUUCACUGGAUGUAGACUACAGCCAUGCUGCCUUCCCUCCAGCCGGGCUUUGGCAUGCUCCUUCAUCCUUUUUAUAUGUCCUUUGCUUCUUCUCUUUCACCCAACUUACCAUUCUCUUAGUUCUUAAGUCUCCCUGCUUUUUAUUAAGCUCUAGUCACUCUGUUCUACUUGGCACCCGAAGCUACACCUGUUAAAUGUAUUUCUGACUUGGCAUGAUAGUGCAGUUGUCUGGCAGUUUUUGUCUACCUUUAUUCUUAAAUGGGUCUCUGGGAUGUUGCCUCUCCAGGAGCUUUUCUGUAACCAACAUUUCUCUUAGAAGAAAGAUCAUCUCUUGGUCCCCUGCACUCUGCUCUGUCAUCAAAAGGCUGUUGGUUGAAAAUGUUCCUGUUGAAAGGUGGUGGCCUUGGUGAGAGGUGUAGAGCCAAGACUUCUAGGUGACUUGCCCAGGUCACUCUAACUCUGGCCUCUGAUUCUCAACAUACAUAACACAUGGCUACUCUUGUUAGUACAGUGUUGACUCCAGAAAAUAGCCAUAUGCCUGCAGGUUUGCUUAGUUUUGUGAUACCAUCACCACCAGAAUGGCUGCCCUGACAAUAAGCUGAGGGCUUUUUUCAUGGCUUUUUGAAGGAGCCUGUGUACUUUAAAAGCCUGGUGUAUCCCUACUUCUGCAGCAUGGUUUAUGCCUCAGUGUUAUGUGCCCUGGUACAUUUUUCACUUCACAUUUCCAAAUAGGAUGAGCAGUGUUAAUGAAAGUGCCUAAUUUAUCCCAGUCCAAGAGAUUUAAAGAUUGUCCUCCGUGUCUUGAAGUUUUGCACAAAAUCCUCAAUAAAUUUUACACCUGGCAAAUGUUAAUGCUGGAAGCCAUAGUCAGCUCCUAAAAGAGGUCCAAAGCAUUGAAUGUAUUAUUAUCAUAAUCUGCCUGGUUACAUUGACCUCCUAGCGCCUCUUGUAAACCGCUAGUAAUCUAUUAGAAGCAAGGAGUCUGGCACCAGUGGCACAACCUGAGGUGGCAACACAGACCCUUCUUUGCCACACCAACUUCUUUGCCUAUCCAACUUAGUAUAGACCUCAGUGAAUUAAGCUGCUGUCAUCUGUCUUUGGGAGUCUCUUCGCCUAUAUAUCUGCUCUUGGCUGAUUUUCUCUGACUCAUUGCUUGCUUGCUUGCUUGCUUGGUUGUUUCCUUGCUUUGGAAGGCUAUCCAAGAUGUAUACACACUACUUUAGGAAGGGAAUUGCUUAAAAACAAGACACUGCAAAAGGGAUUGGGAAGAAUUGGAAUCAGGAGUGACCAGGCUGGAUGACUCAAGUAUAAAUGACUGAGAAAUUCUUGAUGAAGUAUUAGUCUGACUUUGUCAUCAAGUGAUGUAAUAUAGGAAAUGCAUAAAAGGGAAUAACUUUCUGACACUGAUCUGUUAGAGAGGUACUUCAGAGACUCCUGGACUUUUACAUAUUUAAAGUUCCUAAGAUAAUGGCUUUUUCCUCCUUUUGGCUGUAUAGCAAACUGUUUUAUUCCACAGUUGUGCCUUAUUGUUCCAUUUAAAUUGUAUUCUUUGAUCCAUCAAUAAAUACUUGUGGUUAAAAUAA